AUGCAAAAGCAGAUACAAUCAAUCAUCUUGUCAAAGUAUGAUUAUAGUGAUUUUGAAAAGAAAGAGAUUCAAAGCUUAGCAUUGAGUGCAAUGGCCAAGACCAAAUGCUCGAUGGCAAAACACUCCUACAUUUCAUCGUACACCUCUUAUCAAUGCAAUGACACUACUAGAGUUGUACACUUUACUUGGAUCAUUGAUGACACUGGUGAUAGUGUUGUUCAAGGUAUCAAGUAUUAA